AUGAGCGUCGCGAAACAAGUGCCUCUCUCUUCAACGUUUGGUGGAACAGGUACCGUGGCGAUUGCGCCAAGCACCCUGCCUGACACCGCAGAAGCGUCGCUCGCACUCCCUGUCGUCGCGGCGGUCGUGUCGCUGCUAGUACUUCUCCUGCAACUGGCUCUGCGUUUGCGGCGUACAAGAGUCAACAAGGCUAGUCUGGACGAAGCACGCGCAGCCCCUCUGCAGAAUCGCUCAGAGCUCUCGCGAUGGACAACUGAGCGCGGAGGACUCACAAUAUUCGCUUUGAACGUCGUCCGGGCCUUGUCGUGUCUUGCUCUGUUCGCGUUGUCGAUGGUGUCUGCCGCCCGCGCGCGACCGGAUCUACUCGUCCCAAACGAGCUGCACGACGUCCUCGCGGCGUUGUAUGCUGGUGUGCCUGCAGUCUAUCUAUAUGCGUGCGUGCUCAGUUUCGCGGUCGCGUUAUUCAAAACGCGUCUCAGCGUGGUGGCUGUACGGCACCUCAACAUCGUACUUCUCGUCACCUGGAUCGUAUACGCAUAUCGGGAUAUAUGGCCUCUUGCGACGUACAACUUGGAACCAUUGGACGCCCCAGAAGGACCCCUGUUCUGGGCUCGCUUCGCGCUGCUCACCGUCAGCGGUGUGAUAAUACCUCUGACCAUCCCGCAUCCCUACUUGCCCGUUGACCCUCAGAACCCGUGGCCCAAUCCUGCAGCGGAGCAAACGACGUCGUGGUUGUCAUUUGUUUUUUGGUUCUUUGUUGACGAGACCAUCAAGGACGCUUCGCGCGUAGAGCAUCUUCCGCUGGAAAAGCUGCCGCCACUGGCCGACUCCGACGAUGCUGAGAACCUAUUGAAAGAGAGCCUUCACGAACUUGACCCGCUCCAGUCGAAGAAGAAGAGGCAUCUACUGUGGAGUAUUUGGAAAGCGUGGCAUGUGCAGUGGAUCACGAUGGCCUUCCCUUUGGCAGGCAGCGCUAUCUUCAAGUUCGUUUCACCUCUCAGUAUCAGAUACCUUCUCGAUUAUAUCGAGACUGGUGGAAAGGGUGCACCCGUCCACCCUUGGUUCUGGAUAUUGACGCUGUUCUGUGGCCCAAUUGCCGAAAACAUAUGCCACCAAGGGUACACCUUCCAAGGAACAAGGCUGUUGGUCCGUGCCGAAGCCGUUAUCACCCAACUGAUCUUCAACCAUGCCCUGCGCAUGCGGAUGACGGCGGAGGUCCCCGACGCCCCCACAUCUGAAGGCGAUGCGCCUGCAAAAUCCUCGAAGGACAGCGGAAAGACAAGAAACUUGACCGGUAAAGUUAACAAUCUUGUCACCUCCGAUUUCGCGUCCGUGUCCCGGGGAGUCGACUUCCUCUACUUCCUGGUCAAGUUUCCUCUGGAGAUUGUCCUCUGUAUUUGGUUCCUGUACUCGAUCUUGGGCUGGAGCGCUUUCGUCGGUCUGGCGACGAUUAUCAUCCUGCUGCCUGCGCCAGGGAUGAUGUCUGGUGCGAUUCACGAUGCAGUGGUCGAGAAGAUGAAGAAGACGGAUGCUCGUGUUCAGACGGUGACUGAAGCGAUGAAUGUUGUCCGCAUGAUCAAGUUCUUUGCGUGGGAGGAACACAUCGAACAGCAGCUCUCAGAGAAGCGGAACGACGAACUCGCUUGGAUCAAGAGAUCAAAGCUGUUGAACAUCAUCAAUGACAACCUCAACGACCUAAUCCCUUUGUUGACGAUGAUAGUGACCUAUGCUACGUAUACGAUGGGCAUGAAGCGCGAAUUGACGGCAUCCGUUGUGUUUUCCUCCAUAGCAGUCUUUGAGACAUUCACAGGACUGAUGCACAAUAUGAUGGGUAUGAUUCCCGGGUUCAUAUCAGCCAAGGUCGCGCUCGAUCGCAUGAAUGAAUUCUUGCACAAGACGGAGCUUCUCGACGACUUCGUAGACGCGCCUGAGAACAAUCAAUCGUCCCUUGCACUGUCCAGCAGCGGCGACGAAAACCUGAUCGGAGUUAGGAACGCGGCCUUCACUUGGACCCAGGACGACUCUGUAGCCCCUGCAUCGGGGUUAGGACGAAGGCAUUUCAAGUUACGUGUCGAUGGCGACGUCCUCUUCAAACGAGGUUGCGUUAAUCUCGUCGUAGGCCCGACAGGAGCUGGCAAGACAUCCUUGUUGAUGGCCAUCCUGGGAGAGAUGCACUAUGUUCCUUUGACAGCUGAUUCCUUGCGUAGUCUUCCACGUUCUGGCGGUGUUGCGUAUGCAGCUCAGGAGUCCUGGGUGCAAAAUGAAACGAUCAGAGACAACAUCCUCUUCGGAGCUCCGUACGAGGAACGGCGAUACCAAACGGUGCUUGAGCAAUGUGCACUAAAGCGCGAUUUGGAAUUGUUCGUCGCUGGCGAUCUCACAGAGGUGGGAGAGAAAGGCAUCACUCUUAGCGGCGGGCAGAAGGCGCGCAUAACGCUCGCUCGCGCUAUCUACUCGAAGGCACAGAUUUUGCUCUUGGAUGAUAUUCUGGCAGCUUUAGACGUGCAUACAUCCCGGUGGAUUAUAGAGAAGUGUCUGAAAGGCGAACUUGUUCAUGGGCGAACGGUCAUCCUAGUCACGCACAACGUCACAUUGGCUAGUCCCAUCGCCGACUAUGUUGUUGCAGUCGGGCUAGAUGGCCGCGUUUCUGGCGAAGACUCCAUUGCAAGCGCACUAGAACAUGACAGCAGACUUGCCGCCGAGGUCGCAACAGAAGGCCAAGAAGUGGCUAAAGGGGAAUCUGAGGUCGAAGAAAUACCAGACGAGGCGGCGCAAAAGGUCGAUGGCAGAUUAGUGAUCGAGGAGGAAGUCGAAGUCGGCCAUGUUGGUUGGUCAGCCAUGAAGCUCUAUGUCAAUUCUCUUGGCGGAGGACAUCAGUCGCUCUUCUGGCUCGGUGUCAUGGCCAGCCUUGUCGUAUUCAAUAUUCUCAGCAACCUGCAAACCUGGUUCCUUGGAUAUUGGGCUCGGCAAUACGAGGAGCGUGAUGCCUCCGAAGUGCGUGCCCCACUUUACCUCCUCGGAUACUGUGCCAUAAUGGUAGCAUCGAUUGGCUUUUACAUAACGGCAUUCGCCGUCUAUACUAUGGGAACUCUGCGAGCAUCGAAGAUCAUGCAUCGCAGCUUGGUCUCUUCCGUUUUUUCUGCGACACUGAGAUGGUUGGACAAAACACCAUCGGCCAGAGUCAUUGCACGUUGUACUCAAGAUAUCCAAGCUGUGGAUGACGAGAUCGGCAAAUGGGUAGGGGUGAUCCUCGAGAUGGGCACCUACAUGCUACUGAAGCUCGGCGGUGUCAUGCUGAUAUCGCCCAUCUUCGCUAUCCCUGGAAUGAUCAUCGCUUUUUUGGGCAGUUGGAUCGGGAAGAUGUACAUGAAGGCCCAGCUUUCCGUCAAACGUGAAAUGAGCAAUACGAGGUCACCUGUACUGGGUCACUUCGCAGCUGCAUUUGCAGGCAUCACGUCCAUUCGUGCCUACGGUGCCCAGGAAUCAUUCAAAAGGGAGUCGUACGUACGUAUCAACCGCUACACGCGCGCGGCUAGAUCGUUCUGGAAUCUGAACCGCUGGGUGGGAAUACGAAUGGUCGCGCUAGCUGCACUCUUCACUUCAAGUUUAGCAGCGUACCUUGUAUACGGGAUAACGAAUACCGCCUCAAACGUCGGCUUCUCUUUGGUAAUGGCAGUCGGUUUCAGCGGUCAAAUUCUCUGGUUUGUCAGAAUAUUCAACAGACUGGAGGUGUCAGGCAACAGUUUGGAGCGAAUCAAGCAGUAUUUGGACAUAGAGCAUGAACCUAAGCCGACGACAGAUGGCAUCCCCCCGGCUUACUGGCCUGCAAGCGGUAACCUGCGGGUUGACAAGCUAUCCGCUCGCUAUUCAGAAAACGGACCACGGGUACUUCACGAGCUCUCAUUCGAGGCAAGGUCAGGUGAACGUGUCGGCAUAGUCGGUCGAACUGGCAGUGGAAAGAGCACCCUUGCACUCGCGCUAUUGCGCUGCAUUCAAACGGAGGGCAAGGUGUACUACGACGGCGUUGCGACGGACAAAGUCAACCUUGAUGCUCUCCGAUCCAGCAUUACCAUCAUUCCACAGUCGCCGGAGCUUCUGAGCGGGACCUUGCGUCAGAAUCUCGAUCCGUUUCAGCAGUACGACGAUGCAGUGCUAAAUGACGCACUUCAAUCCGCCGGACUCUUCUCCCUGCAAAACGGCUUGACUGAAGGGAAGAUAACACUCGACACCUCAAUUGCCGGUGGAGGGAACAACCUCUCCGUGGGCCAGCGCCAGAUCGUCGCAUUGGCCAGAGCUAUCAUACGUCAGAGCAAGCUACUCAUCCUAGACGAAGCUACAUCGGCAAUCGACUACGCAACGGAUACUGCCAUUCAAUCGUCGCUGCGCAAGGAAUUGGAUAGGGGUGCAACGGUGCUCAUCGUAGCUCACAGACUGCAGACUAUCAUGGAUGCCGACAAGAUUAUGGUCCUCGACGCUGGUCAUAUAGUCGAGUAUGGAGAACCUAGCGCGCUACUCGAACGUCAGGAUGGGAUGUUCCGCGCUCUCGUGGAUGAAAGCCCAGAUCACGACGCAUUGUACGCGAUGGCAAAACGCGCAAAAGCAGAGUCAUAG